AACAAAGAGAAACUUAGAGCCGUAGCGAAGAAAAGAAGAGGUUGGAUCGAUUGAAAGCAUGAGUUCUUCAAGGGAGCGAAAGAAAGCAGCUCUGUAUAAAGAGCUUCGGGCCGCCACGAAAUCCACCGCUAUGAACAAAGCUUCAAUUAUAGUUGAUGCAUCCAAAUACAUCCAGGAGUUGAAGCAGAAAGUGGACACAUACAGUCAAGACGUUGGAAGUUCACAAAAUUCAUUAUCACCUGCGGUUACUGUGGAAACCCUAGAAAGGGGUUUUCUUAUUAGUGUAUUAUCAGAAAAGAACUACCCAGGUUUGCUCGUUUCAAUACUAGAAGCCUUUGAAGACCUGGGCCUUGAUGUGCUCGAUGCGAGGGUUUCUUGUACAGAGAAUUUCCAACUGGAAGCGGUUGGAGGAGAAAAUCAAACAGAGGCUGAUAGCAUAGAUGCACAGGUGGUGAAAGAAGCGGUGUUGCAAGCUAUUCAGAACUGGAGCCAGAACUAGUAGCUAGCUCGUGAGCAAAAUUGAUCGCGGUGGUGUGAUCGUACAUAUGUAUAUGUAUGUUCCGCCGGCCAAUCAGCUUUAUCCUUUCUGUCUUUCCUUUUGCUUUCUCCUAGCAAACUGAUUAAGCUGCUGGAACUGUUCAUCAAGCAGUGUCAAUCUUCUGCUUAUAAUAAAUCAAAGCUAGCUAGACCCGAGCUGCCGAUCGAGCGCUACAAAAGUAUCAAACAGUUUAAGCUGACAGUAGCAAUGAUAGAGAGCAAAACUGUACGUUGAGACAAUUUACUACUCCAUUUUUAUUUCUCUUGUUAAUCAACAUGCUGUAACAUAUAUAUAAUAUGGCUAAAUGGCAUGUAUCGUUCAUGGAUCGGAUUAAAACUAUAGAACAAUGA